AUGUCGGCCCUAAUCGGACUAACCAUAGGAACCGUAUGGAAAGGUGGCGGACAGUCCAACUCGUUUAGAAAACAAGACGAUCACGGCAACUAUGCUUUUGGCUACGAUAUUAAGGACCCCCACGGAGCGUCCAACUCGCGCCGGGAGUCGGGCGAUGGACACGGAAACAAGGCGGCCGACGCCUCCUACAGUGGUAGCAGUCAUGGAGGCGAUGGAGGAAAAGGAGGUUACGGUGGCGGCGGUGGAUAUAACUACCAAAGUGGUGGUGGUGGCCCGGGAGGCAAAUGGUAA